AUGUCCUUUGCUGCAUACAACCUUGCAGGGGCUCCCUCAUGCAACUCGAAGGAUAAUCACUGGGUUGACUUUGACGCGGAGAGGGGAAAAGGGCAUUUUGUUGAAGCUGACGGCGCAUACUUGUCUGCAAAUCCGCCUAUUUUGUAUUCAACUUAUGUAGAGAUGCGCGAUGGUGUUCGUCUCGCUGCCGAUGUUUAUUUGCCUUUUUCUAUUGAAAAAGAAGCUAGGCUCUGGAGUGAGCUGCAACACAAACAAAUGGUGAUUCGUCUUGCCGCUGAGAAAGUAGAGGCCAGCUUGGCAAACGGAAGUAAUCGUGAAAAACAGAAGAAAACAGAACACCAACAGCAUCAAAAAGACAAACACGAACAACAGCAAGAACAAGAACAAGGAAAUGAACACGAACCCCAGCAUGAACAGAGGAAAUUGCAAGAACAGCAAGAAGAAACCCAGGGAAACCAACACGAACAAGAGCAAGAACAAGAACAUGAACACACACACGAACAAGAAGACGAGAAGGAAUUGCAUAAUAAUAAGAAACAGCUUCUUUCUUUCUUGCGACGCGUCGAGGCAAAGUUGAAAGAAGAAGAAAACCAUCUACGAUCUACUGUGCCGAAGCUUCCAGUGUACUUAGAAAUAACACGAUAUAACCGUCGAUCUGAACAUUUUUGGCCUUUUACUCUUCUUUCUAUUUGGCGGCAUCCAAGAGGAGCUUCCUUAAAUGUUUGGAGUUGGCAGACGCAACAGUUUCUUGUUGCUAAUCAGUAUGCAGUUGUUGUUGUGGAUACAAGAGGAUCAGGGGCUUCUUUUGGGUAUCGUUCCGUUGACUUGGGUGAAGAUGAGUUGUUAGACGCCGAAGAACUUGUGCAGUGGAGCAGAGAUCAAUGGUUUUCUUCUUCAAAGAUAGCAGCAGGGGGCUUAUCAUAUGAUGGAAUGCUAGGGCUUUCAAUAGCAGCAAGAGGCAAAGUAGAUGCUGUGCUUUCUCUCUUUUCUCCUAUUGAUAUUAUGAACGAACUCGUCGCUCCUGGGGGCUUCUUCUGCCACUCCUUUUUAAAUGAUUAUACAGGAUUAACCACUGAAUUCGAAAGGAAUGGGUCGCCCUGGAGACAUAUGCUCAAAAGCCCUCUCCAAUUUCCAUUCCAUGUGCUGCUUGGGUUUUUGUUUUCUUUUGGAGGCAGCAGCGGCGUUAUUGGGUUUGAAGCAGAAUUACCUCUGGCAAUUCUAAGCCACAAGAAAAACUGGAAAAUGACGGAGGCAGUUAGUGGAGUGCAGUUUUAUGAUGAUGCUGUUUCUUUUGGAGAAAACUUGAAGGCCCAGCCUUCUUCUUUUGGUAUUACACCUCAGAUCAUGGAGACGCUUGCCCAGCAAAAGGUCAGCCUGCUGGCAGUCGGAGGGUUUUGUGAUUCUGCAACCGCUCGAGGCGCCAUUCGUCUUUUUUCGUCUAUGCAGAAAAACGCACCAGAAAGCCGGCAAGAUUUAUGGUUUAUGGUUCGGCGUGUAGUGCCGCAACUUAUCCUCGGAAACUGGAGCCACGGCGGUAGAAGAAGCUGCGAUCCUUUUGGAGGGAGUUUUUCUUGCUUUGAAUCCGAUCUUUAUAAAACCAUUUUAAGGUUUUUCGACUGUCGCCUUAAAAAGAAAUGCUGGGGAGGAGUUGAAGAGGAAAUGCCCGUUCAUUAUUGGCAGACGGGGACUGCGGAGUGGAGAGAAGCCCUUACUUUCCCUCCAAGAGAAAACAUGAAAAAUUUCGAUUUGCGGCUGACAGACAAACGCCUCUCCGAUGUGCAGCUAGAAGAAGGACCUGAAGAGGCGUUUUCUGUGAGGAACGAAGGGCUGGGCAGUUUAUUUGAAGUGUAUAGACACGGCUUGGAGCACACGCUACAUGAUGUAACUCAAAAAGUGCAGCACUACGCAAAUAUGCUGGAGUUGCAAGAGGAAGCUCGGGUGUCUGCUGACCUCCUUCGUUCGGCUUCCUUACCAUCUUCACCAGCAGCAGCAGCAACAACAGCAGCAGCAGCAGCAACAGCAGCAGCGGAUGAAGUAGCAUCGUUAUCUUCGCUGCAUGCUGCACCAAAAAGAAUACACAAAAAAGAAAGGAGACCCUCCAAACUCUCUCAACUUCUUUCGGGUUUAUUGCUAGCCUUCCUACCUCAGCGCCAAGCAAACAACGAAAGAAAUUUAAAGCAAUUAUUUAACCAUGAUUUCAAUGCACAUUUGAUGCAGCUACCCCCCCUUCCAGACGCCGCCGAAACAAACGCAGUAGCAAGCAAACAAACAGUAACAACAACACAAGCAGCAGCAGCAGCAGCAAACAAACGGACCGAAACAGCAGCAGCAACAUCAGCAAACUCCUCCCAAGCAGCAGCAGAAGCAGAAGCAGCAGUAGCAAACUCUCUAACUGCUUUCCAAGCGGCAGAAAGAAGUGUAGAUUAUGAAGUUGAAUAUCUUUCUUCUUCCGGGGAGUAUUCUCGCUGGCCGAUAGCACAGCAUCCUUUUCGUUUGUUUAUUAAUUAUGGCAAUCGUUUAUUCCUUAAGACGAAGCAGCCGGAGUUUAGCCUGAGUUUAGGUGUAUCUACAGAUGAAGACAAGGAAAGAGAACCCUUUAGUUUCUCUCCCUUUACUCCAUCACAACUUCUUGCUCGUCCCCUUUCUUUCUUAUCUCAACCUCUAGAGAGGGAUUUGCAAAUGGUUGGUAGCGCUUUUCUUAAUCUCUUUAUUAAAGCCAAGCACUGCAAUGAAAUCAGCCUCUUCGCUUAUCUUGAAGACGUUGAUGUUGCAGCAGGUUUCUCUCACUAUGUUACGGAGGCACAGGUGUUGGCUUCCAACCGGCCAUCGGAGGUCCGCGAUGAUUUGCCAGUUGGCAGUUAUGGCCGCGUGCUGAGGCCUUUCUCUAGAAAGAGUUACAAACCAAUUGAAGAGGACGAAGAGGUGAAUGUGUCUGUUAACUUCGAGCCGACUGCAUGGACGUUUAAGAAAGGGCAUUCUCUUCGUUUGCUAUUAACAGGAAGUGAUUUAGAGAACUUCCAACUAAACCCGGCGAAAGAAGUGCUGCUGCCAAGCCACUGGAAAGUCCUUACUUAUUCUGCGUUUCUUUCAAUCCCUCUCUAUGAUCACCCUUCUGCACAACAGGAAUAA